UCCUCUGCGCCAAAAACCUGGUGAAGAAGGACUUCUUCCCUGCUUUCAGACCUGCACUGAACUUCACAAUCUGGAGAAAUGUCCAAAUGGGCCCAGGCCUCCCUGAUCCCUUUGCCAAAGUGGUCGUGGACGGCUCAGGGCAAUGCCACUCGACAGACACUGUGAGGAACACACUUGACCCCAAGUGGAAUCAACACUAUGACCUAUACAUUGGAAAAUCAGACUCCAUCACGAUCAGUGUGUGGAAUCACAAGAAGAUUCACAAGAAGCAAGGGGCUGGGUUCCUGGGCUGUGUCCGCCUUCUGUCCAACGCCAUCAACCGCCUUAAAGAUACAGGCUACCAGAGACUAGACUUGAACAAGCUGAGUCCCAACGACAGUGACACAGUCAGAGGCCAGAUCGUGGUGAGCCUGCAGUCUAGGGACCGGAUAGGCACGGGAGGCCCUGUGGUGGACUGCAGUCGGCUGUUUGACAAUGAUCUUCCAGAUGGAUGGGAGGAGAGGAGGACUGCGUCUGGACGAAUCCAGUACUUGAACCACAUCACACGCACCACGCAGUGGGAGAGGCCUACCAGGCCUGCGUCAGAGUACUCCAGCCCUGGCCGGCCACUCAGCUGCAUCGUGGAUGAGAACACGCCUGUCAGUACGAACGGGGCCACGCCCACCACAGUGCUGCCACCCAGCGACGGUGAUCACCGGGCCCAGGAGAGACGGGUCCGCUCGCAAAGGCACCGCAACUACAUGAGCAGAACCCACCUGCACACGCCCCCGGAUCUGCCUGAGGGAUAUGAGCAAAGGACCACGCAGCAAGGCCAAGUGUACUUCCUCCACACUCAGACAGGUGUCAGCACGUGGCACGACCCCCGAGUACCCAGAGAUCUGAGCAAUGUGAACUGUGAGGAACUGGGUCCUUUACCUCCGGGAUGGGAGAUCCGCAACACUGCCACCGGGAGAGUUUACUUUGUCGACCACAAUAACAGAACCACACAGUUCACAGACCCACGCCUCUCUGCCAACCUGCACCUAGUCCUAAAUCCAAGCCCUAAUGGUUCUCGAGGAGGCAUCGAAAGUCAGAAUGUCAG